UAUAAAAGACCAGCAGAAACCAAACUCUGCAUCUAGUGUAAAUUGCUUGUCUCCGCAGCAGUUGACGGGAUAACUGGAUAUUCUGCAGUUGUGGUCUCUCAUUAGCUAGCAAGCAUGGCUUUGAGAGCCAACACUCUGCUAGCUGCAGUGGUCUUUGGACUACUGCAGUUGUACUCUGUCUCUAAAGCCCAGCCGAUGCUGAAUGUUCAGUUCACAGAGGUAGACUUCCAGGCAGUUGAGGGAGAACUACAGAUUGACUUCCGUCUGACAGUGAUGGGAGCGGUUCCGGUCCAACUGGAGCUCAUGAUCACUCCCUACACCUUUGAUGAGUACACCGACCAGAUAGGCAGGCCAAUCCCAGACAUUAUUGCCGACAGAGCCGAUGGAGUCAACAGAGCGGAGGAAACCUUGGAUUUUCCACGCCAACCUGUGACAGUCACCAUUCCUCCCUCUGACGUCACGCGUCGUGACUUUCAGGGGUCGGUUAGCAUUGAAAUUGACAUAAUCAACGAACCAGAAGAGAUAUUCCUUCUUCUGGUGGAACCCACGGAAGAUACUGCUAAUGAUGCUGAGGCACCAAAUAUCAUCUUUGAAAACAACGGCUUGACCAUUGCUCGGAUUGUUGAUGAUGACGAGGUCUCCUUCCAGUUUGAGCAGGUACUGUACGAUGUUAGCGAGGCAGAUGGCCAGCUCCCUGACCGAAUCCAACUAGUCAGAGACAUCGACUCGGAGCUCGAAUACACGUUCAACAUCAGUUUGAGGGGAGGAGACACACCAGCAACUGAAGGAGACGAUUUUGUGUUCAUGGAAGACUUAGUCAUCCUCUUCCCACCCAGUGUCAACAGGGUGUCUAUCCCCAUCAACAUCCUACCAGAUGACCAGGUGGAGCUACGUGAAGACUUCCGACUGGCACUCAUAUCACAGGCUGACAACCCCUCAACCAACAUUCGCAUUGGACCUAACAUCAAUACUCAAGUCGUGAUCAAUGAUGAUGAAGUGCUGAAGGUUGGAUUCGACCCUGACAAUUUGGUGUUCAAUGAGGACGAAGGAGAGGUCACAAUCGAUGCAGUCAUCCUCAGUCCAAACGUGGCAAUGAACGUCAUUGCCGUCUUCAAUAUCUUUGCUGAACCAGGAACAGCAACAAACCCUGAAGAUUAUAGGGCAAUGACACGGGAAGAGGCAGAGGAUUCCAUAAACACACCUCAGCUUUUCCUCGACAGUAACAGUCCUCAGGCGCGUACAUCGAUCACCAUAGUCAAUGAUACUGUGGUAGAAGGACCAGAAACACUGCAGCUGAUGUUUGUCUUCAGUACUGCGUUCACCCCAGUUGAGGUGGAAGGUUGCCCGGUCAACAUCACCAUUCUGGACAGACCGGUCAACGAGUGUGAAGAAGGUAUUGACAACUGCGAUGCAAUGGCUGAGUGUAGGGAUCUGGCAGAUGGAUUUGAAUGUAUUUGCCCCCUUGGGUUUACUGGUGACGGAACCAUCUGUGACGAUAUCGACGAGUGUGAACUGGAGCUAGAUAACUGCUCACCCAAUGCAAGGUGCAUCAACACCGUAGGCAGCUUCAGGUGCGAGUGUCUGCUUGGGUUCACAGGAGAUGGCAUUGACUGCGAAGAUAUCGACGAGUGCGAACUGGGCCUGGACAACUGUGAUCCCAUCGCCCGUGUGUCAACACCAUAGGCAGCUUUCGUUGUGAAUGCCCUCCUGGUUACUCUGGCGACGGCAUUAUUUGUGAAGAAAUCGACGAAUGUGUUGAAGAUAUCGACAACUGCAACGACAACGCCCGCUGCAUCAACACUCCCGGCAGCUUCCAGUGUGUCUGCGAGGAGGGAUUCACUGGUGAUGGGGUGAUUUGCGAGCCCAUCCCCACCCCAGAGGUCGUUCCUGCAGACCCUUCCUCCAAUCCCCCACCCAGUCAGCCCCCAGUCUCCCCAUACCCUCCAACAUGCGAGCCCUUCAGGGUCAUAGUCAUGCCUCGCGUCAUACAAGAUGAACCGGAGGAAACCACCGGGACCACGACAAGAAGAACCACAACAAGAAGGACCACAACAAGAAGGACCACGACAAGAAGGACCACGACAAGAAGGACCAAGAAGAACCACAAGGAGAACAACAACGAUGGGAAAUAUAAAUGACGAAAUUAUGCAAAUACUAAGAGGAAGAGGGCGCAGAUCUCACUCCAGAUCUCGUGGCAGAUCUCGCUCCAGAUCUCGUAGCGGAACCGGCACACCACCACACAGACACUCCCAGUAGCCAAUGACAUGCCAGUUCAUUUCAUUACUGAAGAGGAGCUUGCCAACCUGCCCCGAGAUGACCCUUGUCUUGAAAUCAUUCGGCUGGAACCAGUAGCAGACACCCCUGAUGAGGAGGAUGAUGAUGGAUGCAACACGCGAAGAACAUCACGAAGAAGAACAACGAGACGGCGAGGACGCAGAAGCCAUAGUCGUUGUAGCAAGAAAAAGACCACAAAAAAGAAGACAACGAAAAAGAGAAGAUCCUAGACUACGUCUUUGCUAUAUACCAGAACUGUACAACCCAAAAAAACUGACUGCAUCAGUAGCAUAAUUAUUUUCAUAACCUGUAGCUGGCUACUGUAGAAUUCUGUGUGUUAUACAAUUCUUCAGAAAACCUCCACAUACACACACACAUAUAAUGUACGUUUCACGAACGCUAAGCUUCACACGUGGAGCACCGCUGCACUGCUCACUGUACACGUAGAGAUGUAUAUUCACACUUUCUCUCCCUCUUUCUCUUGCAGCGAUAGAUGAAUGUGAACUGGAGUUAGACAACUGCCACCCGGACGCUAAUUGCACCGACACACCUGAGGGCUUAACGUGUGAGUGUCAGGAUGGUUUCCUUGGAGACGGAGUUGAGUGCGUGCCAGAGCCAGAAGUGGAGGACCCCCCAGAGUGCAUUCCACGUGUGACAGGCACCGGGAGAAGGUCCCGUCACAAACGCAGACGCAGCAGACCACGUACACGUACGUCACGCUGCAAAACCCCAAAGACACCAAAGACACCAAAAACACCACAAAAUCCACCCACCUUGUUGGAAGAGCCAGUGGAAGACACAACUCGAACAAGGACUCGCACAAUAAGUCCAAGUCAUGGUACUGCCCCAGGAAGUGGUACCCCAAGAUCUCGUACUCCAGGACGUGGUACUCCAAGAUCACCAAGACCUGUAGCACCAGCCGAUGCCCCAGGAAGUGGUACCCCAAGAUCUCGUACUCCAGGACGUGGUACUCCAAGAUCACCAAGACCUGAUACUGAGGGAAGUGGUUUACAAGCUGAUACCCCAGGACGUGGUACCCCAAGACGUGGUACCCCAAGACGCACUAACCCAAGAUCUCCAAGACCUGAUGAUAUAGGAAGUGGGGCUUUAGCAGCUGAUGCUACAGGACGUGUUUCUCCACGAAGGGGCACUCCAAGAUCUACUCCAACACCCCAUGCCCCAGGACGUGGUACUCCAAGACCCGAUACCACAACACCCCGUACCCCAGGACGUGGCAGCCCAAGACCAGAUCCAGUACAGCAGAAUGAUCGGCUCAUAGUAAGAGCUACUCCUCUUCGUCAAUCGGAUCAAUAUCGUGGCUGAGUGCGAGGAGCUUAUUAUAUAACAAUGGACAACAUGGAACUAUCACAAAUAAAGUAGCUAUAAUAUAGCAUGUAGUUGAACGUAUAAAACAGUUGUUGAACAGUGUUGUCUGUAUAAAUGAUGACUUGUAUUAUCAUUGAUUGGUGUUUAGAACGACAAGUGAGUGGUCAUGUGCUACCUCCACAGUUGUCUGAACCACCGUGACCGCCACACGCCAAGCAGGACCAACAGAAGACCAUAGGCCACCACAC